GCGUAGGAUGUUACUAGCGUCGGCCGUGGUGGUAUGGGAAUGGCUGAACGAGCACGGGCGCUGGCGGCCUUACAGCCCGGCCGUCUCUCACCACAUCGAGGCAGUCAUCCGCAACGACCCAAGGGGUGGUAGUGUUGUCUUAGGCCAGGUGGACACUCGCCUCUCGCCCUACAUCAUUGACUUGCAUUCCAUGCACCAGUUCCGACAAGAUACAGGUAAGAUUAAUGUGAUUGAUGACCAUGACAAAUGUGUAUUGAGGGAAUGUGAAUAUAGGCCCUAUGCUAUUACAGUGUUAUUACCGCAGUGAAACCGAUGAUGUAGCAUAGGCCUACAACAUAUCACUGCAAUAGCCUGCACUAUCCAGUUACCGCAUAGAACCAAAAUAAUAUGGUUUAAUAAACGCCUUUAUGUUCUUGUUUGAUAGGCUACCACAUCUUAUGCAGACUAGCCUAUGUGUGCAUGUACAAUUGUGGACUGUUGUUGUUCACAGAUAUUUUUCAAGGUCUUGUUUGUUAACUGCCUCCAUUAUCCCAAACAAAGAGCUUAUUUUAUGUUUUUCUCAUGAUCAUGUGUUUUGAAUUUCACAAGAUUCUUUCAGCAUCAUCACUGUUAUCAUUUUUCGAUUUUGGAUCUGCAUAACAUGGGGUAGGGGCGGAAGUGUAGCCUAUAUAUAUAUAUAUAUAUAUAUAUAUAUAUAUAUAUGAGAUAGAGAGAGGAAGUCAAAUUGGAGGGGGACGAGAACCCUAAGUAUCCUGCAUCACUUCCUUGUUGCUAGUAGCUGAUUUUGUGCCCCCUCUCUCAGCCUCUUGCAAGUGUGGUCCGCAAAGGCUUGGGAUAUGCACUCUUAGAAAAAGAGGUGCUAUCUAGAACCUAAAAGGGUUCUUCGGCUGUCCCCAUAAGAAAAUACCAACAAAAUAAAUACAAAAUUGUCAAGAUCCUUAAAAGUGCUGAGAAUGUUCCAAAGCCAAGCAACUAUCCUGCACCAUUCCCAGAAAGUUGUGGGAAAGUUGUAUGCAAAAUAAUCAUAGGACAACCACACUCUCACCAAACUCUAAGAAACAUAUGGUUCUCAGAACAUUAUGUGCUAGCUGGGCAGUGACUCACUGCUGAGUAUUGCCACACUGUACACUCACAGCCUUUGAGGUAGUGAGCACAGAAGACGAACCACCUUCCAGUCUUACUGUAUGUAUUCAAUAUACGGUAGACUCCAGAGGCCGUAUGUAUCAAGUGUCCCAGUAUAAGAGUGCUGAUUUAGGAUCAGUUUUCCUUUUAGAUCACAAUAAAAAAAAGAUUGCAUGGACAGGGGGGACCUGAUCCUAGAUCAGCACCCCUACUCUGAGACGCUUGAUACAUAUGGCCCCUGAUAAGUGAAAACUGUUUGAGCACGCUUAAGCGCAGUUUUCCAGGCCCAAUUCAGUUGCUUUCCAGAUAUUUCCAUAUAUUUAUUUUCCGAUACCAGCAUGCUCCAGUGUAGUGCAUGAUGUCAUGGCACACUCUUAGAAAAAUGGGUUCCAAAAGGGUUCUUUGGAUGUCCCCAUAGGGUAACCCUUUUGGGUUCCAUGUAAAACCCUUUCCACAGAGGGUUCUACAUUUGCCGGUCAGGAAACGUAUGGCUUCGUUCCCACAACCAAUGUGAAACCAAAAACAUACAUGCCCACAACUUCCAAGGUACCAAAUGUGCUAGCUGGGUGGUUGUAGUGUGUGAGUGGACAUCUACAGUAUAUGUAGGGCACAGUUAUGGAUGAGCUGUUCUCAUUAUGAGUUAUUAUGCAAAACAUGAUCAUGAAUAAAGAUGAGAAGGUUGAGGGGAAAUUGGCAUCGAUUUUAGUUUGUUCCCCCUUUGAUCUCAAGAACAUUGUUUUUGGCGUUAUUCCGCAUUGAUCAGUAAGUAGAACAUCAAAUAAUUUGUGUUUUGGUGGAAGCAGAGGGUAGCCUACACACUACUUUAUCUCACACUCUUUCAUGACACAUACCCAAAUCAUGCAUACAAAUGCCUGCAAUCCUGGAUUUGGUUCACAUUCACAGUGCAACUGCAAAUCUCACAUGCUUUCUCGUGAGCAGCAAAUAUCCAAAUUAGAACUACUGUAUUUACUCUCACCUAUGACUGGCUAUCUGAAUAGAGAGAAUGUAGGUGAAAUGCUAUCUUAACCCUACUUCACCCCAAAACUCUCCCUUAUGUGCUUCUUAUUAAGGCUGUUAGUGCUAUUCUGUAGCAUGGUACUGAUUGUAUCCAGCCCUCCAGACAGAGAGACGUCUUCACACAAUGAAGUGAGGAAAGUAUGCGACAACACAAAGGGAAGAAUUGUCAGACGCCUUAACUUUGACUCUGCCACCCUCCUCUACACUUUGGCUGACAAAAACUUUGGUGCAGUCUGAGUGCUUCCCAGACCGGGAUAGCUGUGGGGAGAGAGGGGGUAGGGUGCCCCAGUCCCAAAACCAGAGGGAGGGAAAUGAGAAGGAGGGGGUGAGAUGAAUUGCAGAAGUCUGAGGUCAUUGAGAGAAAAGGGGGUAGUUGGGUUGAGUUCAGAUACGAUGAAAGAAUUACUCUGUUGUAUUCCAGGCAAUGUUGUGUGUAUUACAAAUGUCUAUUACAGACAAGACUAAGUAUAUUCAUGUAUGUUUUUCAAGUAUAUUUUACAUGCAAACCUUAUUGUUUUGAACAGAAAACGGUGUUUCUAGAUACAUUUAUAUUGGGUUAUGUCAUUUUAUUUGAAGCUUUAUUUUUCUAUUCCAGCUUGGCUUCUCAAGCACUCUCUGGAUUUAUUCUCUCAAAACGUGUUCUUCGUUAAAACAAGCAACCGUCAUUCAUUGUCUGCCAGUCAUGCUCACUUUAAUAAGACUUUUUGGGAGUAUAAAUGAGUUAAACCCAGGAUUAGAAAUUAGUUGAAUCCCAGGUAAUAGGAGGACAGUUGAUAUGGACUGGGCUUUAUUGAAAACCCAGGAUUAGAAAUUCGUUGAAUCCCAGGUAAUAGGAGGACAGUUGAUAUGGACUUUAUUGAACAUUCGUGGAUUUAAGUCUCUGGACUGGGAAAGCAAACAUGACCAGCUCUGAGCCCGACCAAGGCCAGCAACCAAUCACAAUCCAGAACAGGGUGUGCUGUUACCAGGGGCAACCUGUUAGCCUGUUUGCCCAAAUUCCUAGCGAACACACACCCGAUUUGUCAAAUUUGGUGGUGGUGUAAUCUGCUUGUCUACAACAAUUAUUACAGCAGGGCCUAGAGAACAUUUAGCUCAUCUGCACUCUUAGAAAAAAGUGUUCCAAAAGGGUUCUGUGGCUUUCCCCAUAGGAUAACACUUUUUGGUUCCAGGUAGAACACUUUUUGGUUCCAGGUAGAAAUAACCCUUUUUGGUUCCAGGUAAAAAAUAACCCUUUUUGGUUCCAGGUAGAAAGAACCCUUUUUGGUUCCAGGUAGAACCCUCUGUGGAAAGGGUUCUACAUGGAACCCAAAAGGGUUCUAUCUGUAACCAAAAGGGGUUCUCCUAUGGGGACAGCUGAAUAACCCUUUUUGGUUCUAGAUGGCACCUUUUCUGUUGGUCUCAGUCAACCAAGCCUAAUUAAAAAACAUACCUUUUUAUUCAUGCUUUAGUUUUCUUUCACUUGAACAGGUCAUAUCAAUAGUCAUUUGUGUCAAUAUAUGUAUAUUACUGAACUGUGCUACAAAUGUCAUCAGUGUUGUGAACAAAUGUGGUUAGUUGAAAGGUCUUCUGGAACAGGUCCUUCUUGUGUUCCCCUCUCUGUAGUUCUGUGGCGUGACCCUCGUCUCUCUACCGUUACCCCAGGUACCCUCCGACCGGUGCGUCGCAGCUUCUACGACCCCACGUCGGCACCGGGCCAGGGCUGGCUGUGGGAGUGGGAGAACGACACAGGCUCGUGGACGGCCUACGACACUGAGGUGGGCAUCGCCAUCCAGGCGGCACGCGACCGUCAGCAGCCCUGGCUGGACCUGGCGCCACUGGGCUUCUGCUACCUCAUCGACUUCCAGAGCAUGACCCAGAUCAACGGGCAGACGCAGCGCUGCCGCCGCAUCCAGCGCCGCUCCGACCUGGCCUACCCUCUGGUGUCGGGGCCCCUUCCCAAGUCACACCAUGCCUGGGGGCCCGGCCCUGGAGGACUGCUGGGGGUGGGGGUUUCCGGAGUGGGCAUGGGGAAUGGGAACGGUAGCGCCUACCCCAGCGGCGCCCUGCCGGCCUCCGCCAUCACAUCGCUGGGCCAGCCCUGCGCCUGUCAGCAAUGCAUGCUGGUCCUGAGCAUCAAGGCAGGCACCAUUGCGACGGCUCACACCCUGGGCAGGAGGCCACCUCAGAACAAGCCACCCAGCCCCAAACUAGGGGGUGGUUACUCGGCCAUGGGGGGGUCGUACUCGCUGACUCUCCCCCGCCCCCCCUCCUCCAUGGCCAGGUCCUUGUCCCCCCACAGGACGUCAGCGGGUGGGGCUAGUGGUGGUGUGGGGGUCGGUGGGGGCGGCGGCUUUGCCCACUCGCUCUCCCUCCUGGGUUCGGCCACCGCCGCACUCUCCCUCACCUCCACCCGGCCCCCUCCCCCGCCUCUACCCCCCCUUCCGCCUCCGCCCUCCUCCCUCGCUUCCAGUGCCAUUCUUCCCCCCUCCUCUUCCUUCUCCAUGGCGUCCUCCGCCCUUCCGUCGAUGCCCGCGCCGGCCCCUCCUCUUCUCAUCUCCACGGCAGCCUCCUCCUGCACCCCCUCGCCCUCCGCCCGUGUCCUGGGGCCUGUGUCUUCAGCAGCGGCGGCCUAUGCAGCCCCCCUGCCACCUCGUGCCAGCCUGGCCGGGCUGAGCCGACCCGCCCUGCAGCGCAUCGCCAUGGCCCAGUCCAGAGCCCUCAUCGCCUCCGGGUGAGUCACUCUUCCAGCUGUUGUUAUGUCACUACAGUUCACAAAAAUUACACAUCUGUGUAUCUCUUUAUGAAGUAUUUCUGUCUAUCGCUAUCCCUAUGCCACAACAAAGCACACUCAAUAUAACGCACGUCUAGUGAUUUUGAAAGGUAUUUGUGCUGUGAGUGACCCCCCCCCCCAAAAGCUUUUAGAAUUGUCUGUCUACUUUUACAGUCCAGUCUCUUGCCAUAACCCAAAACAAGUAAGUUGUGACCACCCAAACAUUGAUCUAUACGACCUGCAAAAUGGACAAGAAGAUGGAUGGACUAUGAGCCCUGUUUAUGUUGUUAAUACAUAGUUAUGUAUCUUCUGAGAAUCUCCAUUGAACAUACAGUACCAGUCAAAUGUUUGGACACGCAUACUCAUUCCAGGGUUUUUCUUUAUUUGUACUAUUUUCUACAUUGUAGAAUAAUAGUGAAGACAUCAAAACUAUGAAAUAACACAUAUGGAAUCAUGUAGUAACCAAAAAAGGGUUAAACAAAUCAAAAUAUAUUUGAGAUUUGAGAUUCUUCAAAGUAGCCACCCUUUGCCUUGAUGACAGCUUUGCACACUCUUGGCAUUCUCUCAACCAGCUUUAUGAGGUAGUCACCUGGAAUGCAUUUCAAUUAACAGGUGUGCCUUGUUAAAAGUUUAAUUUGUGGAAUUUCUUUCCUUCUUAAUGCGUUUUGAGCCAAUCAGUUGUGUUGUGACAAGGUAGGGGGUAUACAGAAGAUCGCCCUAUUUGGUAAAAGACCAAGUCCAUAUUAUGGCAAGAACAGCUCAAAUAAGCAAAGAGAAACGACAGUCAAUACGGAAAAUUUCUUGAAGAACCAUCAAGCGCUAUGAUGAAACUGGCUCUCAUGAGGACCGCCACAGGAAUGGAAGACCCAGAGUUACCUCUGCUGCAGAGGAUAAGUUUGUUAGAGUUACCAGCCUCAGAAAUUGCAGGCCAAAUAAAUGCUUCACAGAGUUGAAGUCACAGACACAUCUCAACAUCAACUGUUCAGAGGGGACUGUGUGAAUCAGGCCUUCAUGGUUGAAUUGCUGCAAAGAAACCACUACUAAAGGACACCAAUAAGAAGAAGAGACCUGCUUGGGCAAAGAAACACAAGCAAUGGACAUUAGACCGGUGGAAAUUUGUCCUUUGGUCUGGAGUCCAAAUUUGAGAUUUUUGGUUCCAACCGCCGUGUCUUUGUGAGACGCGGUGUGGGUGAACGGAUGAUCUCUGCAUGUGUAGUUCCCACCAUAAAGCAUGGAGGAGGAGGAGGAGGUGUUAUGGUGUGGGGGUGCUUUGCUGGUGACACUGUCUGUGAUUUAGAAUUCAAGGCACACUUAACCAGCAUGGCUACCACAGCAUUCUGCAGCGAUACACCAUCCCAUCUGGUUUGGGCUUAGUGGGACUAUCAUUUGUUUUUCAACAGGACAAUGACCCAACACACCAGCCUGUGUAAGGGCUAUUUGACCAAGAAGGAAAGUGAUGGAGUGCUGCAUCAGAUUAUGUGCUCAGCAUAUGUGAGAACUCCUUCAAGACUGUUGGAAAAGCAUUCCAGGUGAAGCUGGUUGAGAGAAUGCCAAGAGUGUGCAAAGCUGUCAUCAAGGCAAAGGGUGGCUAUUUGAUUAAUCUCAUAUAUAUUUUGAUUUGUUUAACACUUUUUGGGUUACUACAUGAUUCCAUAUGUGUUAUUUCAUAGUUUUGAUUUCUUCACUAUUAUUCAACAAUGUAGAAAAUAGUACAAAUAAAGAAAAACCCUUGAAUGAGUUGGUUUGUCCAAACUUUUGGCUGGUACUGGACAGUUUUCUUUCUGAAGACAAGGGAAUUUCAGUGUUGAGAAAGAGAUUUAGUGAUGUUAUGAAGCCUAUGCAAUGGGUAAUCCCACCACAAAAACACGGUGGACUACACCCGACAUAGGGACGUGUCUCUCGCAGAUAAACACGACACAAGGUAUGAAAAACAAGGAUACACAAGGAAUUUAAACAUUUUGAUCUGAAGCGUUUCCACUGGCGUAGACAUUCCUCCAUAAUCACUCCCCAUAUCUGACAUAAACACCCCAUUAGCAUUCAUAAACCUUUAAUCCUUAUGACAAAUUCUGUCAGCCUGUUCAUUUCUAUGUGAAAUUCCAUAACGCAUUCAUAUCAAAUACGCCGCAUUUUCACGAGUGCCACUCAGAUUUGAUUCACCCAGUUUGAGAGUCAGGAGGGUGGAUGGGGAUGGGGGUGGGGGUGGGGGGCUUGGGGUCAGCAUAGUACUCUUAGAACAUGUAUAGAUUGACCCCCCCCAGUACUCUCAUGACAUGCUUAGUACUACUGUCGUAAUACUGACAUCUUGCCUACACACUCAGUUCCCAGGCCUAUUCUCAUUCCUAGAGGCCCCUCUGCCCCCGCUAGUGUGUGUGUCAGGGUGCGGUCUCCGUGGCAACCAUUGUGGGCACAGCCGAGGCCUGGUUCCCAUUUCCAAAACAAUGCUGGGGCAUGGACAGAGGCGGGGGGCUCUCAGGGCUGGGGGUAUGAGGGGAACUCAACGCUAUAGUGACUGCUGUCCCAUUUGUUACCCUGAGAAGCCGAAGCUGCGUGACUAUGUCCUAUGGGACUGUUUGUUGGGGAGUUGGCCCUGAGAAUGAAUGUGACAUUGAUAUGGGGGUGGGACUGGGGGUGAUUUGGAGACAUGAGACUUGUUGACAGGGGAAGUUUGGUUGAGGAGGGAUUGGGAAGGGGGAAGAGGGGAUGGAGGUUGUUAGAGGCAGACGUCUCCAGUCUUGUAGACACAAAGCAGCGUCUCAGUUUGAGAUGUGUGCCCAGUGCCUGGGGGACUCGGUUUAGACAACUACCAUAUUGAUUUCACCAACCCUAUCCUUUCAGAGGGGCCAUUGAGAAGUGUCUAGGGUUAGGGACUUGGGGUGAUGCCAUUCUGAGCCACUACCCAAGCACUUGUGUAGAUCGGAAAGGAUAGGAGAGAUGGGUUUAAGAAAUAUGAUAAUAGCGCCAUAUCUCCUGUCUAAUGUUUUCACAUCUGUGCAUAGGGGGGAUUGGGUGCAAGAGACUGUGUGGAAUGGGGUCCUGGCAAAGGACAACAGAGGUAGAGUUUUUAAAGCAAUGUAGCAGUUACUUAGGUAAUCCACACAUGCAUAUAGAUGAGUUGCCACUUGAGGAUAUGCUCGCAGGGCGAGUAUCAAUAUUGACAUAGUUACUGGCUCUGUGUGAGUAAUGUGUUAUUGUGUGAAUAGUGAAUGAGUCUAGCAAUGAUCUCCUCUUAACACUAGAGGGCAUUGUUCUCCAAGUGACCAACUCACUGUGAAGAGUUAAGGACUUGUUGCCUGUCUACCCAAACGCCUUGCUCCGGCCAAACACUACGCCACGCCCACGGACGUUAGUUUCUUCUCUGCAAUGAAUCCGGAUCAGAGUACCUCCCUGACGAUUUCUAGAAUAUAAAUACAUUCUAGACCGUCUGAUUUGUCCCAGAAACCGAUGGGUUGGGCCAGAGACAGAACACACAUGGGUAAAGCAGCGUUUUGAAAGUUUGUCAUUGGCUUUGAUACUCUGGUUAAAGAUGAUCCAAUCGCUGAUGACUUUGCUGGUAUCAGAGAUGUAUUCGUGGAGGGUCAGCUAUUUGUGGACGACUAGCUUGUUUGGGGACAGGAAUCGCUGAUAACUUGCUUAUUAAUUACUUUUCAAUGAUAAUUUUUGGUCAAGUGAUACAGUUUUAGUUUUAGGCCUAUUUUGUGGCUUCCAGAAGAAUUCACUUGAAGAAAUUAUCUUCGAUUGUUUCUCUCGGUUUCGUUUGUCUCAGAAGUUCAAUCAAGUUUUAGUAGGGCCAAAUCCUAACUUGAGUUGUACGUGCUAAGCUGUAACCCAGUCAUGCAUUGAUGUCAAUUGAAGAUUUACAUGAAAACUCGACCUCAUGGGCUCUUACAUUAGGAUUUGGGCGAAAACCCGUAAAACAGCAAACUGGGGUGACAGUGGCAAGGAAAACUUCUUAGGUAGGAAGACACUUUGUAGAUGUACUCCCAGUGCAAAACUUUUGGUGAGGAGGAAGAUUGAAUCAACUUCCCUAUCAGUUGAAUAAGAUGUCAAUGUGAAACACUACACCUCCAUUGUUAGGAUAUAAAGUGACGGUUCACCAAAAAUCUGAAUUUAUAAAAUGUUUCACUUACCUAGACCGUUGUCGACCGAGCAAGAUAGUUUUAAAGUGCAUAUUUGGUAUUUAGUUGCCUAGUAUUAGCUUCCCAGAGGAGAACUAAGAGCCUUAUCAAUGGGGGGCAGUAGGACUACUUCGUAUGCUCUAAAAAGCCCCAAAAUGUAGCUCAAGUAACUCCAAAGCAACCUGAAAGAUUUUUUGUGAACCAAGCAUCCAUAUAAACUGUGUGGCAUCCCCAUAAAACUUCAAUAACCCGGUGAGAGCGCUUAGUGUCGUGCUGAAGGGUGGAGGAGCGACGUCACAGACCGACGUCUUCCUCCUGUCCUCUCCUCCCCUUGCUCCUUCUGUUUUGCUUUAGUGUAAUCGCCAUUUACCACAACCCCUGCAUUUAAAUGAUCCCCAUUCACUCCCAGAAAGUUUGUAUUCAUGAGUGUAUAACUGUCAUCUGUGAAUGUAAAAUUGUUGGGUUUCCAGAUAUCAUGCCAACUAAUCAGGGGGUUGAAUUAGUAUUUUGUUGCCAGUGCAUACUCCUCAAAAAAUGGGGGCAUUCUCUGCCACAUUAUUUGAGUAUUCAUGUUAUUGUUUAGAAUUAUGUUGUUAUUUUAUAUAUAUUUUAUACAUGUUAUUUUAUUAUGAUUUUAAUUAUUCAUAUUAUAAAUAAUUUAGCCGACGAACGUACCCAGAGUAACAUAUAAUAAGUGCAUUCACCUAAGGAAUGUGCCAUAACCACAUAACCCAAGAAUUUCUAGUAAUGCACAGCAGACAAACCACUUUAGACUAGGACACUGACCCACAGUCCAAAGCCAUACUCCCUCCACUGACCCACAGUCCAAAGCCAUACUCCCUCCACUGACCCACAGUCCAAAGCCAUACUCCCUCCACUGACCCACACACCCUCCACUGACCCACACAGUUACCAUGCCAGGUUCACUGACACACAAAGAGGGGUGAAAGGGGGGUCGAACAGGUGUGUAAAGGAAAAAAAUAAACACCUGUGUAACGUCAUUGCUUAAUCUCUAACGUUGACCACCUCAUGGAGCAGAAGAUUCACAUAAACCAGCUGUCGCUUUCCUCAAAAAUAGAGUUAAGAAACCUCAGCGCCACAAUAAAAAUAAAAAAUAAAAAGUGGGUAUUCUUAUAUAAUUCCAUUUCAAUCUUCAAUUGGCUCUGCUACAAUGGACUUGACCCCCACCCUCCCCUUUAUAAGCUCAUCCAAACAUACACUUUUAUUACGUAGGAGAAACAUAUUGGACUAGUUUCCAGGACAGAUUCCCCAAUCUCCAUUCAAAGUUCUUCCAGGACUAGGUUUAAUCUGUGUCCAGGAAAACCGGCCCAAUACGUUGAAUUGAUUAAUUAAUUCAGCCUCACUCAACACUUCAUAACAUAGUUGUAAACUCUGUUCAUGUUUGUUUGGAAGACAUGAAGUGAGUGGGUGGGACGAUGACCAAUGAGUGAAUUUUAUUUUCCUGGGCAUGGUCAACCACGUCAAGAGAUUAACCGAUGAUGUUACAGGGUCAAACCCCUUCUCCCCGUCACGUGUGUGUGUGUGUGUUUGCAUCAGUGGUCCAGGCACAGUGGUCCUGGUACUUUGUGUUUGUAUUGCCAGGUAUCUGUGAACCAGACAAAGUUGCUUUAGGAUCUGACCCACAACAUGUGAUUUUAGAGCUUGUAGGUUUGUAUGUUUCCUAUGGUUGUGUGUGACUAUUCAUGUCCUAUAACACCAUAGCAGCCUCUUGAAUGAUCCAGCCUUUCUCUGUGGAUCAGCUGGAAAGUGCACUAAAGCUUCUAGAUUAGCCAGGGAUCAAACAAACGUGACUAAACCGCAUAGUUAACUCCGAAGUCCUCCCCACUUUUUUGCUCUCCCUCCCCCCUUCUUCACUCUUUUCCUCUCUCCUCCACCCUCCAUCCUUCCGUAUCGCACACCUUUCCAAUGUAUUUAUGCCGUCUUCUCCAGUUCACAAGGUUUUCAUUCGUCAACAUGUCAACAUCUUCAUAUCUGUGAGAGAACACUGGGCUAGAGCACCCAGGCAGUCACUUGUUUACCACACAUAAGGCUGGUGACCCAAUGAACUGCAUGCUGUUUCUUUAACAGUGAGCCAAGUUAGGGAUGCCACCAGCCACGUCCUGCGGUGGAACAGGGUUCAUUUUGGGGUUUAGCCUUGGUUGGUUACUUGGGAUAAAGUUCAAAGCGCUAUGGUCUACAAUUUGAAUUGAGUGUUUGGAAAGUGUAAGGUUGAAAGACAACGUUGGUCCCGCUUUAUUUGGAUAGUCCCCUACAGAUGCUCAAAUGAUCAAACAACUAUUGUCAUAAAAUGAAUUAGAAAUGAACUACAACUGUUGGCAUAUAAUAGUUAGUUUACUAUCCUCAGCCACUCAAGCUUUCAAAUGUGUUGUAAUAUGUUGCAGCUGAUAAACUUGAUAAAUGAAACCAAUUGUACUUACUGAACAUCUAUACUAGAUCAUCUGUAGGGGUAAGGGGCUUUCCAAAUAAAGUGUUACCAAAAUGUUCAAAGAGGGACUGGUAUAACUGAUCUGAAAUGUGCAGAUGAGGCAUACCUCUGUUGGGGAAUAGACCUUGGGAACCGAUGAAUGGUAUGACAGCACGCUAUACUCAACGAAUGAUCCACAGUUGUUCAGUGCUGUGUUGUCUUCAACAACAGAAAGCUGCUAAUAAAUAUCCAAGUUGGUGAUGGGCUAACAGUAUUUUUCAGUACCUAUUUGAAAGAAUGUGCAUAAUGUGGAUGAAUCAUUGGACUAAAUGUAUUCUCUAGAACAUUCCCAUGUUAGGUAUUAUGUGUGCGGGGUUAAACGUCACAAGUAAUAUUCUCUACCUAAGUACUUUCAGUUAAUCACCCAAUACCAAUCCCCGCCUCUGCUUUACGUCAUGGACUAGGACUAUGCCUCAGUGGAAACCCACAGCAUUCCCUCACAGCGUCUAGGCCUAGAGGGCUAGAGGGGGGUGACCCCAGCUAAUGCCGUUACUCCAGUAUGCGCUGGUGUCUAUCUGCCGUAUGGCAGCCUUGCACUGUGACGUGCUAAUUGACAGGUAAUCUCGGUGUGGUGACGUCAACAGAUGGAAACAGGUGGAUUAUCCCUAUUAGAGCCAGAGGAAUAUGAGACAUUCAUACACCUACUGACUGACUGAGAGAGGAGAGGGAGGCUGGAGCAGGGAGAUACAGCGUAUCUGAGGAUAUACAUACUCAACAAGGAUUUAUUCUUGAGAUUUGGAAAGGAGAAGGAAGAGAGGAUUGAGAAAGAUUAAAGUUUGGAGAAGCGAUAGUGAAAAGCGUCUUUGGGAUACGAUUUUAAUUGGUACCUGAGGGGUUUGCAGAUUCAGCUGGGAAAUAAACCCCACAAUCAAAGUCAAGAUGACAAUAAUCAAAUUCAACACAGAGUGAGUACGGUUUUUGUUUGGAUCAUAUUGUGAAUAAUGUAGAGGCUCAUGACAAAUGCUUACAAUGAUACAGCACUCUUUCUUUCAGUUGUCUGACAGUGGGACUAUGUUGGAUGUGAAUAACUUUAGUAUAGAGAAGACUGUAGGGAAUUAUGAGUUAUUUCAAUGCUGGCUGUUGAAUUCUGUUUCAAUUCCUGUCAGUUAUAUUGGGCAUGGAAUUGUUCUAUCGGAGUGGUAUUCCAUUCCUGAGUUGAUCGGAAUUAAGAUGAAAUUGACCAACUGGCUAACAAAUAUUCUGAAGUUUAACAACCUAUGCACUCAUGAUUUUCUCAAAGCAGUGUUGGCUCAAGGGUUGUUGUCUUCAGUCAGGGGCGCAACUUUCACUGGGGACGGGGGGACAUGUCCCCCCCACAUUCUGAAAUUGCAUUUUUGUCCCUCCCCAGUUUUAUCAUUGGAAUGUGAUACAAAAUGAGGCAACGGUGUGCUUUAGGACCAUGCGGACGCCUCCGAGAGGUCGGGUAGACUGUUUGCAGUGUUUAUCCGACUGGCAAAAAAUAAAAUAAUAAUGUCCCCCCCACUUCUAAAACCAUGGCUCAGACAACUAGGGGAGUCCUGGAUGGCACAGCGACCUGUCAACAUGGUGCUAUACUGAACAAAUAAAAACUAUACAAAAAUUAGUGCUAUACUGGUCUGUGUGUCACUUAGCCCUCAUGUCUACAACGUGACUCAGCAAAAGCUCUUUGACCCGCUAACAUGGUGUGACCCUUGACACAGAAAACACCAGACACUGUGGUCAUUGGUCACCUGUGCUUUUGCCACCUGAAGUUUACCUAUGACACACAUAUGAUGUGAUUGUGUGGUGUGUUUGUGUUUGCUAGGUGUGUGUGUUCUGAAGUGUGUUUUUUAUGUUUCAGUGUACCAACGGUUCCUGUGAAGAACCUCAAUGGAUCUAGCCCUGUCCACCCUGCAUUGGCAGGUAACAACAACCAUUAAGUCUUACUAUCAAAACAAGAAGCUUGAAGCUGCUGGGAAGCAAUGUUUCCUAGUUGAGCUAUUAGGGAACUUUGUACCAGUGUCUGAAGCCAUUUUCACUCUCCAUUUACUAGGCCUAUUUUGAUCAAUUAGCCAUCAACAUCACUUUAUCUAAUAAUGAAAGACAGUGUUACAGAGAAUCAGGCUUAAUUUGUUAAUUAAUGUGACCCAUAUAUGGAGAAUGAGUGUAGUUUAUGAUGGGCCAGUGUCUACCUGUGUUAAGCUCAAUAGACAGUGAUGGUGAAGGAGUCUCAUUGAGCCCUCUGCUGGUUGUCUCUAGGUAUUACAGGGAUCCUGAUGAGCGCCGCAGGACUUCCUGUCUGUCUGACCCGCCCUCCCAAGCUGGUGCUCCACCCCCCGCCCGUCAGCAAGAGUGACAUAAAGCCUGUCCCCGGCCUCGGCCACUGCUGCCGCAAGACCACCAAGAAGCAGGCCCGCAAAGGUGGGUGUAGCGCUUACACACACACCCCAGCAUAGGAAAUUUGGGUCACAGUGAUUCAUUCACUAACACUUGUCUCUUUUGUCCCUUUCUCUCAGGCAAGACCCCUGAGGAAGUAGUGAAGAGGUACCUUCAGAAGGUCCGCAACCCCCCAGAGGAGGACUGCACUAUCUGCAUGGAGGCCCUGGCUGGGCCCUCGGGCUACAAGGGUCCCGGAGUUGGGGGCAUCCAGCGGGCAGAGUCGGUUGGUCGCCUGGCCCAGUGUGGGCACCAGUACCACCUGCAGUGCUUGGUGGCCAUGUACAACAACGGCAACAAGGAUGGCAGCCUACAGUGCCCUACCUGCAAGACCAUCUACGGCGUGAAGACGGGCAACCAGCCACCCGGCAAGAUGGAGUACCACAUCAUCCCCCACUCGCUGCCCGGCCACCCUGACUGCAAGACCAUCCGCAUCAUCUACAACAUCCCCCCCGGCAUCCAGGUAACAGCCUUACUGCCCAUCCACAUACUACACACAUCUGAUGUACUGUAAAUACAAGAUGAUGGGCAUUCUUAUUAAUUCACUCCUUCGUACAUAGUUAGAAUUCUCCCAUUGACUGUGCAUGAUUAUUCAUAUACAAAUCCCUUUCACCCUUUCCAAGGGGCCUGAGCACCCGAAUCCAGGCAAGCCAUUCACCGCCCGGGGAUUCCCCCGACACUGCUACCUCCCUGAUAGCGAGAAGGGACGUAAGGUAAACACCAGCUGACUUCCUGUUUACUAGUUUGUACUGGUUUGCUGUAGAUGAAAUGACUGGGUUGUGUAGCGAACUAGCUCUCUUUCUCUCUCCCUCUCUCUCUCUUUCCAUACCUUUCUUUCAUUCUUUCUUCUUUUUCUAGGUACUGAAGCUGCUGCUGGUGGCGUGGGACCGCCGACUCAUCUUCUCGGUGGGCACGUCCAGCACCACGGGCGAGUCGGACACGGUCAUCUGGAACGAAGUGCACCAUAAGACUGAGUUUGGCUCCAACCUGACAGGCCAUGGCUACCCCGACCCCGGCCACCUGGACAACGUGCUGGAGGAGCUUAAGGCCCAGGGGAUCACAGAGGAGGAGUGCCUACCCAGAGAC